AUGGGACAGAGGGCAUUGGAGCCGCUGCUGCUGCUGCUGCUGCUCUCAGGUGCCACCAUCUCCCAGCCACCACCGUGUCCCCCGGGCCAUCACUCCGAGGGCGACAUCUGCGUUCCGCUGUCCCCUGGCGGUGACAAUGCCAACGGUGACAAUGCCAACGGUGACGGUGACCGGAUCAUCGGGGGGUACCCGUGCGUGCCCCUGUCCCAGCCCUGGCAGGCGCUGGUGUACGGACCCCUGCAGUGUGGGGGGGUCCUGGUGGCACCACUGUGGGUGCUGACGGCGGCGCACUGCGUCAGGAGGGGCCUGCGUGUCCGCCUGGGCGAGGACGACCUCCGUCGGCGCGAGGGGACGGAGCAGGAGCGCCGGGUGACGCUGGCGCUGCCCCAUCCCCGCUUCGACCCCGUCACGCUCGACUCGGACCUGGCCCUGCUGCGCCUGGACCGGCCGGCGGCCAUCGGCCGGAGCGUGCGGCCGCUGCCGCUGCCCAGGGCCUGCGGUCAGCCCGGGCAGUUCUGCCUGCUGUCCGGCUGGGGAACGGUCACCACUCCACAAGUGACGCUGCCGGAGCGCCUCAUGUGCGCGUACGUGCAGCUGCUGUCGGACCCCGCCUGCCGCCGGGCGUACCCGCGCCGCAUCACUCCCAGCAUGCUCUGCGCCGGCGUCAGCGACCGCCGCGUCGACUCCUGCCAGGGUGACUCCGGGGGUCCCCUGUCCUGCAAUGGGACCCUGCAGGGCGUCGUCUCCUGGGGGCUGCAGACCUGCGCCCUGCCCGGCCACCCCGGCGUCUACACCAAGGUCUGCAGGUUCACGCCCUGGAUCCUGGAGACCAUGGAGAGGAACUGACACCUUGGGGACACCUUGGGGACACCUUGGGGACACCUUGGGGACAUGGAGAUAUCAUGG